AUGUUCCACAGAAGGGACGAACACGUAAUAGAGAUGCAACUGUCGGAAUGGGGCCAGCAGCCCGACGACAUAUGCAACUCGAGCACGUUCAACUCGCACACGAUGCCGUACACGACGUUCAUCACAUCCGAUCCGAUGACCAGACAAUGCCCCAAUCUCGGUCGCUACGAGAUCGUGUCGUUGUUUCGGCCACCGAAUGCCGACAACGUUGAAAGCGUAUUGGCCGUCGACGGCGAGCAGAACGUUGCUAACGCAGCGGAGGUGCACGAUGGGAGAGUGCCCUCGACAGCAUUCCCAACCCAGUGCCAUCACGGUAGUGUACGUAGAUUGGACAUCGGUUGCAGGACACCCGAUCGUAUGGAGUUCGCCACGUCUUGCAGCGACGAGGCGUUAUCUGCCGAUGCCGUCUCGUUUCCAGAGUACUUAUGCCAUGGAACUUGGGUGGAGAACGACACCGCUUACUUGGUGGCUAGUACCGACGUCGGGCGUUACUGCCUCGUUUACAGCGCGUCCGCCGCGACGACAGGAAGUCGUGAACUCUCGGUGACGGGCCAUCUCGCUUCCUGUCCGAGAGCCUCUCAUCGCUAUCCAGUCUCGUGGCAGGUGAACCUCACGUCGUACGCUCAAUGCGGUGACGUUUCGUCGGGGACCACGUGGGCACUUCGGGUGCCAAUGUCUCUUCUCUACAUCGUUUUCCUCGGAGCCCUUCUCGCCAGAUACAUCGCGAGGUGAUGCCACUGAGCCGAGACGCGCCACACACCUGUGGCUAUAUAGUUGAAAGAACAAAGACUCUUAUUGCGAAAUAUUUGCAUUUAUGGUGAUUAUAUUUGACAUUCUGGUACGGUGAGGUAAACUAUAAAUAAUCAAUCUUAGGAUAUAAGUGAAUGCCUGCGUUAUGACGCAGGGAUAGAUGAAGUGAUUAAGAAAAAUAAAAGAGACAAGUCGAAAACGGGUAAGGUAUAUAUACAUAUAGAAAUGCAUGUGCCAGCCCCGCGAAUGUGGCAGAGCCAAGUGUGGAAGCGAGGCUUUAUGAAUGUAUAUAAAAUUCGAUGCGUCCAUGAAACGUGAACUUCCUACACACGUUCCGCUACGCGCAAGAGAUCGAUCGAUAAAUAAUAUUAUUAUUGAA